AUGGUUUCCCACCGUAAUGAAUAUGCAGAGGUUGAUGAAUGCCUCUUAGGCACUGAUGACUGCGACAUCAAUGCCGAUUGCCUGAACACGAGCGGUGGAUUCACGUGUGCUUGCAAGACAGGCUUCCAAGGAAAUGGCAAAGCAUGCACAGACACGAACGAAUGCCUCGAGGGGAAGCACAACUGCCGUGCUAAUGCGCAGUGUUCGAACUCGCCUGCAAUGAUGGAUUCACAGGCGAUUGCAGAACGUGCACACCUUGAUGAAUGUAUCUUAGGCACUGAUGACUGCGACAUCAAUGCUGAUUACCUGAACACAAACGAUGGAUUCACGUGUGCUUGCAAGACAGGCUAUCAAAGAAAUGGCAAUGCGUGUACAGCUACGUUAAUCGCAAGGGAGAACCAGUCUCGUGUUGUUCAAGCAAAGGCCACUUUAGACCUACCAAACGGACGCGAGAGUGUGGGAAUACCCGUUUGA